UGCCCACUGCUUCUCACUCAUCCCACUAAACCUACAACUCCACACCUUAUAAACUCUCUCUUUCCAUUCCAAGACCUGAUAAGAUCACAAACUAUUUAUCUCCACAUUCCCACUUUCAGUUCACCAACGUUCUCAUCGUUCUUUCACUCCUUUUCUCAUUAAUUAAACCUCACCAAUGCUUAAGCUCCUUGAUUGUUCCCUCAGGAUCUUUUCCAUUCCUCUUAGUGUUGCAACCAUUUGGUUAACUGUGACUAACCAGCAGGACAACCCCAGUUAUGGGAAACUAGAGUUCAGCAAUCUGACAGGACUCAAAUUCAUGGUCUGCAUCAGUGCUAUAUGUGGUGCGUAUGCAUUUUUUGCUGCUGUUUCCUCAUGGUUCAAAUUCUUUGUUUCAAAAGCUUGGAUUUUCUUUGCCUCUGAUCAGAUUGUGGCCUACUUGAUGGUGACAUCAGUGGCUGCAGUGUUAGAGAUACUGCGGUUAACUUACAAUGGUGAUCAGGAAGUUACAUGGAGUGAAGCCUGCAGCUCAUAUGGGAAAUUUUGCAAUAAAAUGAAGAUAGCUCUUGUUCUCCAUGCCUUGGCUCUUAUAUGUUUCAUCAUUUUAGCAGUAAUCUCAGCUUAUAGAUUCUUCAGCCUGUUUGAACCUCCUUCUGUUUCUUCUUCCAAGGAGGUUGAAGAACAAAGGAACUAAUCCAUAGCUUUUCCUUCAAACAGCUUUAUGAGUUCCAUGGUGAAUGAUUGAGCUCUUAUACUUUAGACAUUUGAAUAAAUAAUACUUCACACAAGUCUAUGCUUCUGUUUUGAACAAA